AUGACAGCUGUGCAAUACCGCACUGCAACAUUUAUUUUGCCUGACCUUGUCAAUGAUUGUCACUAUCCCCUGCGACUGAACCCUGACUGCUAUCCGGUGUCUCGCGCUUCUGAGCAAUGGCUUAUUCAAGGAGCGCGUCUUUCAGAGCCCAAAAUAACAGGAUUUAUGGGAUUGCACGCAGGUGAACUCACUGCAGCUUGCUAUCCAGAUGCAGAUGCUUUUCGUCUCCGAGUCUGCUCGGAUUUCUUGAACUGGUUGUUUAAUAUGGAUGACUGGCUGGAUGAGUUUGAUGUCGACGGUACGUGGGGAAUACGUGAAUGCUGCAUGUCCGCGUUCCGCGAUCCGAUCAACUCCCAGACGGAAAAACUCAGUGGAAAGAUGUGCAAAUCGUACUUCAGCCGCUUUAUGCAGACCGGGGGCCCCGGCUGCACUGAGCGAUUUAUCCACACAAUGGACCUGUUCUUCAUUGCUGUGGCUAAACAGGCGGACGACCGUGCCAAGGGACGUGUCCCUGAUCUCGAAUCUUAUAUCACCAUGAGGCGAGACACAAGUGGCUGCAAGCCUUGCUUCGCCCUCAUCGAAUAUGCAGCUCUGAUUGAUCUCCCCGACACAGUGGUGUCGCAUCCAGCUAUUAUGGCCAUGGAGGAGGCAACCAACGACCUUGUCACUUGGUCAAACGAUAUCUUCUCCUACAACGUGGAGCAAUCUCGCCGUGACACACAUAAUAUGGUUGUUGUGCUCAUGCGUGAACAAGGUCUGAACCUGCAAGGCGCUGUUGACUACGUUGGCCGGUUGUGCAAGGGUUCCAUCCAGCGCUUUGAAGACAACCGUGAUGUCCUCCCCUCGUGGGGAGAAGAGCUUGACAGACAGGUGGCUAUCUACAUUGAAGGGCUACAGAACUGGAUUGUUGGUUCGUUGCACUGGUCCUUCGAUUCCACCCGUUAUUUCGGGAAGAAUGGACAUACCGUCAAACAAGACGGAAUCAUCAAGUUACUCCCCAAAAGGCCCUUGUAG